GAGAGGACGCGCGCUGCAACGGGCGGGUGGCAGCAGCAGCGCGAGACCCGGAGCGGCAGGCCGGCGCAGGGACAAGGACGCGGGCGCCGUCGAGGAAGUAGGGCCCGAACGCGGCGUUCAACAAAGAGCCCCUCUCAGGCGGAGCUGCGGGCUGAGGCUCCAUGUUGGGAAGCGGCGCCGCUCGUCCUCGUUAGCGGGAAUCGGGGCGCCUCAGGCAGAGCCGGCGGGGGCCGGGCCCUGAGUGAAGAUGGAGGCCCCACUGCGGCCUGCCGCGGACAUCCUGAGGCGGAACCCGCAGCAGGACUACGAGCUCGUCCAGAGGGUCGGCAGCGGCACUUAUGGGGACGUUUACAAGGCCAGAAAUGUACAUACAGGAGAGUUAGCUGCAGUAAAAAUCAUCAAGUUGGAGCCUGGAGAUGAUUUUUCUUUGAUUCAACAAGAAAUAUUUAUGGUUAAAGAAUGUAAACAUUGCAACAUUGUUGCCUACUUUGGAAGCUAUCUCAGUCGAGAAAAACUGUGGAUUUGUAUGGAAUACUGUGGUGGCGGAUCACUUCAAGAUAUUUAUCAUGUUACUGGACCAUUAUCAGAAUUGCAAAUAGCCUAUGUAUGCAGAGAAACCUUACAGGGUCUUGCCUAUUUGCAUACUAAAGGCAAAAUGCAUAGAGAUAUCAAAGGUGCAAAUAUUUUAUUGACAGACCAUGGUGAUGUAAAAUUAGCUGAUUUUGGGGUUGCUGCAAAAAUAACAGCUACUAUAGCAAAGCGAAAAUCUUUCAUUGGCACACCUUAUUGGAUGGCUCCAGAAGUUGCAGCAGUAGAGAAGAAUGGUGGCUAUAACCAACUCUGUGAUAUCUGGGCUGUGGGAAUAACUGCAAUUGAACUUGGAGAACUUCAACCACCUAUGUUUGAUCUUCAUCCAAUGAGGGCUCUCUUCUUAAUGUCAAAAAGUAAUUUUCAGCCUCCAAAACUAAAGGACAAAACAAAGUGGUCAUCAACAUUCCAUAAUUUUGUCAAAAUAGCACUAACUAAAAACCCCAAAAAAAGACCAACUGCUGAAAGACUUCUAACACAUACUUUUGUUGGACAGCCAGGUCUCUCCAGGGCCCUGGCAAUUGAACUAUUGGACAAAGUAAACAAUCCAGACAAUCAUGCACAUUACACCGAAGGAGACGAUGAUGAUUUUGAGCCCCAUGCAAUCAUUCGUCAUACCAUUAGAUCUACAAACAGGAAUGCCAGAGCUGAACGGACAGCUUCAGAAAUAAAUUUUGACAAAUUACAAUUUGAACCUCCUCUGAGAAAAGAAACUGAAGCACGGGAUGAAAUGGGAGUCUCAUCAGACCCAAACUUUAUAUUACAGUGGAAUCCUUUUGUUGAUGGUUCAAAUACUGGAAAAUCAACCUCAAAACGUGCAGUACCACCUCCCCUACCUCCUAAGCCAAGGAUAAACAGUUACCCUGAAGACAACCUCCCAGAUGAAGAAAAAUCAUCAACUAUAAAACGUUGCCCUGAUUCAGAGAACAGAGCUCCUCAAGUUCUCAGAAGACAGAGUAGCCCAAGUUGUGGUCCUGUAGCAGAGACUUCCUCUUUGGGAAAUGGUGAUGGUAUUUCAAAACUGAUUAGUGAAAAUACAGAAGGAUCAGCACAAGCACCACAGUUACCUCGAAAAAAGGACAAGCGAGACUUCCCUAAACCAGCCAUCAAUGGUCUACCACCCACCCCAAAAGUACUGAUGGGAGCAUGUUUUUCAAAAGUUUUUGAUGGCUGUCCUUUGAAAAUUAAUUGUGCAACAUCCUGGAUACAUCCUGAUACAAAAGAUCAGUACAUUAUUUUUGGAACUGAAGAUGGUAUUUAUACAUUGAAUCUCAAUGAGCUACAUGAGGCCACUAUGGAACAGUUAUUUCCACGGAAGUGUACUUGGCUAUAUGUUAUCAAUAAUACUUUAAUGUCAUUAUCAGAAGGAAAAACAUUUCAGCUCUACUCCCAUAAUCUUAUUGCUUUGUUUGAACAAGCCAAAAAGCCAGGAUUAGCUGCCCACAUUCAGACCCACAGAUUUCCAGACCGAAUACUGCCAAGAAAGUUUGCUUUAACAACAAAGAUUCCUGAUACAAAAGGCUGCCACAAAUGUUGUAUAGUCAGAAAUCCUUAUACAGGACAUAAAUACCUCUGUGGAGCUUUACAGUCUGGAAUUGUUUUACUUCAGUGGUAUGAACCAAUGCAGAAAUUCAUGUUGAUAAAGCACUUUGAUUUUCCUUUACCAAGUCCUUUGAACGUUUUUGAAAUGCUGGUGAUACCAGAACAGGAAUACCCUAUGGUCUGUGUAGCUAUUAGUAAAGGCACAGAAUCAAAUCAAGUAGUUCAGUUUGAGACAAUCAAUUUGAAUUCUGCAUCUUCAUGGUUUACCGAAAUUGGUGCAGGCAGUCAACAGUUAGAUUCCAUCCAUGUGACACAGUUGGAAAGAGACACUGUACUAGUGUGUUUAGACAAAUAUGUAAAAAUUGUAAAUCUACAAGGAAAACUAAAAUCAAGUAAGAAACUAGCCUCUGAGCUAAGUUUUGAUUUUCGCAUUGAAUCUGUAGUAUGCCUUCAAGACAGUGUGCUGGCUUUCUGGAAACAUGGGAUGCAGGGUAAAAGCUUCAAGUCAGAUGAGGUUACCCAGGAGAUUUCAGAUGAAACCAGAGUUUUCCGCUUAUUAGGAUCAGACAGGGUUGUCGUUUUGGAAAGUAGGCCAACAGAAAAUCCUACGGCACACAGCAAUCUCUACAUCUUGGCUGGACAUGAAAAUAGUUACUAAGCACCAAAAACUGAUCUCAAAUGACAGGGAAAUGAACAUACUCCAUUGAAAGCAAAAAUAUUUUAAGGAAAUUCAAUACAGACUGCACUAUGAUUUACUUUACCUGUUAUGGGUUAUAUCACAAAUGUUCUGUACGUUAGGGUAGAAUUCAAUAUUUUCUGUAGCUGGAAACAGCUAGUCUAUCUCUUGCCACUAUGUGGUGGUUACAUCAAGUUUGCUUAAUAAAAGCUAUGAGACAAAUAGUCCUCUAGUUCCAGGAAACACAGUCUUUUUUAAAAAAAUAAUAAUAAUAAUGUUUGUAACAAGGGUGCCAUGGUAUUUUUAGAUAACUCAUGUGAUUAUCUUCAAUUUAGUGACCAUUUUAUCAUUUUAUACCAUGUUUUAUUCUUUAUUAAUGAACAUACUUUGAUAAAGAAAUUAUCAAACAAACCUUUCACUUAUACAUUGGCCAUUCUGUAUGUUUUUGUAAAAUAGAAUAUUUAAUCCUUAUUUAUUAAUCUCUUCCUGGAGUGGUUGGUGUAAUGUAUCUAACUUUUAGCAAAAAAAGGUUGCAGAGCAGCUUAGAUUUUUUUUAUAAUGUAAAAAAUUUUUGUUUACCUUUUAGAGUAGUACUUUAAGGGCUAAAGGCAAUGUGUUUGGGGGUUCAACACAUAUGCAGUGUCAUUUAACAAAAGUAUUUCUUAAUACAAUUUCAUGCAGAAUGCCUUAAAAGGGAGUUUUGUGUUCUCAACAACAAAUACUUAUAUAAGGGGUCAUUAAGAAAAUAAUGAUGAUGGUUGAAAUAUUCUUAGAAGGGUGUGUAUGUCAGGUAUGGCUACUAUAUGUAUGUAUUCUUGACAAACAGUAUAAUAUACCUGUGACUUUUUUUUCAUUAGGGAUAAAUCAUAAGAAAUUAAUCUUCAUACAUAUUAUCAUCCCUAAUGUAGGGGGAGAAAAGUAUUUAACUACCCAUGUUAUAUAUUUUACUUAUACUAUUCCAGAAGGAGAGCUGUAAAGCAAUUACACAUGUAAUCUUGGGGUUGUCACAUAUGUAAAAAAGUAAUUUGUUUACUUUUUGAGUAGGUUUAAGAAAAAAAAAAUAAUGAAAUUGGAUUUCUGAUGGGAUAGUAUGAAUAACUAUUAUAAAAAACAGUAUUCUAAAAAUAAAGAAUAGGGCUAUAAUUUAGUUUGUUUUUCUUUGGUAAUGUUAGUAUGCAAAAUUAAAGUAUUACAUUGAUACCUGUUGUCUUAAUGCAUUUAUUAAGAAUAAUUAGCAUUGAGAUGAUGAACAAGGAUUAAGUAGUAGCAAACGGUAGAAUUAUUCUGACCAGUUACUUGAGAGGAAAACAAUAUAACUAUCUCAUUCAGUCUUCAGCUGUUCUGUAAAAUAAAUAGUAUCAUUACUGUUUUUCAAGUGAGGAAAUAAGAUUUAGCAAGGUUAAGCAACUUUAUCAAGUUCAUACAAGUUAGUUGUUGAGCCAGACUAUGAGUCUUCUGACUCUGUUCAUUUCACUAGGCUAUAUGUAAACAAUAAAAUGUUUUACAAGUGAAAUAUAAAGUAUUUGUUCUUUAAAAAUGCA